AUGCAGGACGAUGAUUCCCGUUCCUCAGGUGGUCGCGAUAAGUAUCGUGACGAGCAGCGCCAACGCGAUCGUGAUCGUGAUCGCGAUCGGGACCGAGAUCGUCGAGAUAAUCGGCACCGUGACAGAAGCCGUGAAAGGCGACACGAUGGUAGUCAUCGGGAUGAUCGGUACCGCACCGAUCGGUAUCGUGACGAUAGACGCGACCGCUCCCACCGGGACAGACAUGACAGGGAACGGGAUCAUCGUAGUAGUAGCAAACGCGAUCGCAGCAAAAGCCGCGAACGUAGACGACGAAGUCAUUCGCGGUCACGUGACCGUCAGCAGCGAAACGGAUCACGUUCCCGCGAUUCGAAGGAUCGUGAACGUGGUCGAGAUCUAUCCAUUGAAAUAGAACAAGAGUUGCAAAAUUUGCGCAAACUCUCUGAUAUGAAAGCAGCUGCUGACGCAAAGGCGCAAGAAGCGAAUAGCGGCGAGACUGGAUCUGAGUUAACUUUGAUGGAUGCGGAUAACGCGACUAGCAAUAGUUCGACGAUGGUAGACAAGGAGGAGCCGAAAAGUAGCAUUAGCAAAUAUUUCAGCUCGUACAAUAACAGUUCGAAAACGGAAUACGUUCCGGAGAUUCAAACCGAAGAAGAGCGGAUCGAGUUUCAGAAAAAGAUGCAGGAAAAGUUGCAGGCCCAUCUGGCAGCCGAGGGCAAACUUUACCCGAAACCGAAGCCAACCCCUGCAAUUAACACUGCCACCGGUUUUGCAAACGAUGGUUCCUUCCUGGAGAUGUUCAAGAAAAUGCAAGAGCAAGCGCAAAUAACUUGCGAGGGCGAGGAAAGUUAUCCGAACACGACUGCAUCGAGCAGCACAACAGUAUCAGUUACGGCACCAGUUUUAGCAGCACCGGCUGCCAGUUCGAGUUAUGUGAUACCGGCCCAACCCCUCCCGGUUCCUAUUCCGACCGUGGGACGACGAAGGGGAGGCAAAAUUCUUAAAACAGGUGUUGUGAAAAAGCAGAAACCGCUCGAGGAUUCGUAUGCCGAGUCGCCGAAUGAUGCUUGGAAUCUCUAUCUGCAGGAGGUCAAAAAGUAUAAGAAUGCGUCCUGCGAUGCGGACUCCAAAACGCGACCAUUAGUCAAAUAG